AUGAUGAUUAUUUGGUUAACAAUUAGACAAGUUCGAGCUGAUUGUCAAAAUGAUACAUCAACUGAAUCGACAUUUGUCUAUCGACGUGUUUGUUAUUUUGCUAAUUGGGCAGCUAAACGAUAUGAUAAUAUCAGUCGUUUAACUCCCGAAGAUAUAGAUCCAUUUUUAUGUACACAUAUUAAUUUUGCUUUUGCUAAAGUACUUGAAAGUUUAAUAAUAGCACCAUAUGAAGAAGAUGAUUUAAAAGGAUGGACAGCAAAUUCCAAAGGCAUGUAUGAACGUGUAUUAAAAUUAAAAGAAGCCAAUCCUGAUUUACGUGUACUACUGAGUGUUGGAGGAUGGACACAUGCAUCUCGUGGUUUCAAUGAGAUAUCCAAAAGUGCAGCAAAUAUUAAAAGAUUUGUUAAGAAUAGUGUGAAAUUUUUACGUGACAAUAAAUUUGAUGGAUUAGAUUUAGAUUGGGAAUAUCCUGGAGCAAAAGAUCAAGGAGCUGAACCUCAUUCUAAAACUGGAUAUACGAAAUUGGUGAAAAAAUUAAGUCGAGUAUUCAAACGGGAAGCUGAACGUACAGGACAAGAAAAAUUAUUGCUGACAUGUGCAACAGGUACCUUUAUUCUUAAAAAAAAAGAUAUAAAAUCUAUAAUUCAUAUUUGUAUAGCUGCUGCCCGACAUCGAAUCGAAGCUGGUUAUGAAGUAGAAGAAGUUUGCAAAUACUUUGAUUUUGUAUCAGUUAUGACUUAUGAUUAUCAUGGUAGUUGGGAUGGUAAAACGGGACAUAAUAGUCCGUUAUAUGGAAUGCGUAAUGAACGAAAAAAAUUUCGUGAAUGGAAUAUAAAUAGUUCGAUGCAUGUAUGGGUUGAAUUAGGUUGUCCAAAAGAAAAACUUAAUAUUGGUCUUUCAGCUUAUGGACGAGCUUUUUCAUUAUUUGGAGAAACAGGUAUGAGCCAUGGUAAACCUGAAACAAAGAAAAAAUCAUCAAUCGGAAUGAAAGCAAGUGCUGCUGAAGCUGGAAGAUAUACAAGAGAAGCAGGUGUUCUUGCUUAUUAUGAAAUUUGUGAAUUGAUUCAAAAUAAUCCUAAUAAUCGUGUAUUUUGGCAUCGGCAAAUGAGUGUUCCAUAUGUAUCAAGUAAAUCAUUAUGGAUUGGUUUUGAUAAUAUUCGAAGUGUUACACUUAAAAUGCAGUUUUUAAAAGAACAUCGUUAUGGUGGUGUGAUUAUAUGGUCAUUAGAUCUUGAUGAUAAAACAGGUGAAGUGUGUCAUGAAGGUCCAUUUCCAAUAUUUAAUGCAGCAAAACGUGAAUUACUUAUUUUACCUGAUUAUCUGAUUAAUAAUAAUAAUAAAAAAUGUUCGGAUGAUAAUACAACAUUUAUAAUUGAACAUCUUCGUUCGAAAACGACAACGAUAAAACAAAAUUAA